UAAUCAGUCAAGCGUCGCUUCCUUGACGUACAUCCUCUUACUUCGCCUGUCGCCGAAUCAAUCAAAAGCUUUAGCGUGUAUUGAUAUUUGACCAUUUCCAGCUAAGAGGGCGUUAUAAAAAAGGGGCAGAGCUGAGCAUCAUGAGAGGAGAUCAAUGAUGUGUUGGAACAGGAUGGCAGCGUUUGCACUGGUGCUGCUGCUGCUCGCCUGUGCAGCUGAGGCUCAGAGCCGAACGGUGCAGCAGAUUCAGGCGAGGGGGGAGGCAGCGAGCGACUCGGCUGACAGGCAGAUGUCUCUGCGUGUUGCGAGACGGACACACCUUACGGAGAAUGAGCGAGAGAUCAUCACUAAACAAAUCAUGCAAGCCAUUUCAGAGAUGGUGAACUCGGACUGCAUGUUGGACCGCGACUACCGGGGCUGGUUGGAUUUCGGACGCAGAGAUGCGGAAUGAAGCUGACCUGCACAGUGGUGGCUGCUACAGCGCUUUUGAUCGACCACUCUCACUUGAAUCUUAAAUAUCCUGAAUAAAGUCUUCUCGCAAAGUA